AGAGAAAAGCUAGUGGUGCCAAACGACACCAGGACACCAGCCUGCCCUGUGGUGCAGCUGAACUGAUCCAGUAAGAAGCUUCUGAUCUGAUGAUCUAGGAGGGGACGUCCGAUCCAUAUUCGACAAGAAAGUAGAAAGAGAAACAAAUCCUUGUGGAUGGUAACCACUCACAGAUAAGCAGUGAGGGAUAAGGCUAUGCUAUCAGUGUCUACAUCAGCAGUGAAGGGUUUACCUAUCGUCCACACCAUGCAGAGAACCUUGGCUGGAUUAUGAAAGCAGACUGCAUGAUAGCUGUGAUAUGGCAGGCCUGUAUUGUGGAGUUAUAAUUGAUUAUCUUUUUGAGAUCAGUUGGUCUGAUGGGCGAUAACUCUGUUGGUAUUUGGACCACAGUGUAAUAGGCUGACUGACCCUGUUUCUUCUUUUCACUUAGCGCCUACGCGCACAAGCACACGCAAACACACUCACAGUUUAAUCUGAGCAGGUAAGCAGUGAAGGGGCUUGUAAGGUGUGUUGUGUGCCGAACUUGCUGAAUCAGUGGUGAACAGUGGGAACACCUGCACUACUGCUGCUGUUCUCACACACGCAUGCAAGCCUGUCAACUCAGAGGUUGUGAGGUCAUAGCAUUAAAACCCGCAAUUACCAGGCAAUAAGAAACAAGUGACAAAUAGGACUAGCACUUAUUAAACAUUGGUGUCAUCAGUUUCACAGACUGAGAGAUUCAAGAUGUCGUAAAAAAAGAUAAACAUAAAUAAAAAUGCUAGAAUUAUUUUAGGGCGUACUAAACCCUCACCCCUGCAGUUUUUCAGUAAAUAAAAGCAGAUGGAUUGGCGAGCUUGAAAGACCACAGCAAAUCGUUAAUGAACAAGCCAGAUGGACAGAUUUCUCUCUCCAAGGCCAACAGUAAAUGUUGAUUCACAGCCAAUGUUGAUUCACUCAGACCCUGUUCCACACGCAACGCAGAGAGAGACACACUUUGUAAAAGCAACAUCUGACACAGACAUACCGUCCAAUCGCUGUGAGAGCACUAUGGAAGACAUUGGGGAGAAGUGCUUAAAUAUAUAGUAUUAAGUACAGUAUGUGCAACUCAUUAGCGAGACAGGUGUUCAGGGCAUUUCAUUUUGAUGACAUGUUUUACUAAUUCAAUAGGAGGCACUCAUGUCCUUAAGCAUCAGCCAUAUGUACACGCACGAGGACGCCCAGAAAACUACUGUUGGUCUCAAACUUUCAUCAGCAGGCAUUAACACUCUCUCUCCUCUCUUUUUCCGCUCGCCUGCCGCCUAGGAACCAUGGUGAGCAAGGAAGGCAGCAAGUGUGCGCUCACCAACUCAGAGUCCGACUCGGAGACGGCGCCCUCGGCCUCGCUGGCGCUGGAGGUCAAGUACUCGCUGGACGCUAGCCGGCAGGUGCGGAAGCGGAACAAGGCCCUGCAGGUGCGCUUCAAGGACAUCUGCGAGGCGCAGAACGAGCAGAGAGAGGCGGCAAGGCAGGCGGCGGCCGGAGGCAAACCGGUCUCCUACAAGGCGGCAUACCGCAAGUACAUGACGGUGCCAGCCCGCCGCUCCAUCCCCAACGUGACGCGCAGCACGGGCGUGCAGACGUCGCCCGACCUGAAGAAGCGCUACCAGACCUUCCCCUUCGAGCGCAAGAAGGGCCAUGGGCACACCAUCAAGCAUGUGGCGGCCGUGGAGAGCUACAAGGGCCAGAACAACGGCUUCCUGCUGGACCUGAAGCAGCCCAGGGCAGGGGCGGAGGAGGGCAGCGUGGAGGGCGCGUGCACGGCAAGCGGGGUCUGGAGGACCAGGGCUCUGCUCCAUACCAGCGAGUGUGUGGCCACCGUGGAACAGCACGCUGCCCUGGUUUCAGACGGCCCGUGUUCAGACUCUGCUGCACGCCGGCUCAGCUGCGGCGCCGCCGACUCCGGCAGCCUCCUCCCCAGCGCCGCCCCGCAGGCGGACUACCAGCUGUGCAGCAUAAGCUCCAAGCCCAGGAGAGGACUACCACACGGGGAGAACAACCCGGACCGGCCGUCGUCCAAGCGCCAUAUGCUCAACCUGGACGAGGGCUCGUCGCGGACCCUGCCAGACCGGACGCCCACAGUCUUGGGCCCCAUCGCCUGGAACUCCCUGACGCAGGUGGAGUGCCUGGACAGUCCGGGCGUGCGCACCAAGCGCAAGAAGGGUGUGCAGAUCAACGGGCUGCAGUCUCAGACCCUGCCGAGGGCUGCGGGGGGGGGCUGCACCACGCAGGCCCAGUGCCACUCCGGACCCUUCUCUCCCCAGCCUCGGAUGCAGCCUCCGCGGGGGGCCGUGGAGGAGGCGGAGGGCGUGAAGGCAGCGGGCGAGGGUGAGGCGUGUAAGCAGAUAGUGCCUGUGACUAAGGAAGGGGAUGUGAAGGCACAGCUGCAGGCCAUGGAGAACCUGAUCAGCUCCAGUCAGGAAACCAUCAAAGUGCUGCUGGGGGUCAUCCAGGAGCUGGAGAAAGGGGAGGCCCACCGAGAAGGCAACAUCCCGAGGGAAGAGGAGGGGGGAUAUGAUACAUCUUCACCCUCUUCUCUUCCCCACAGACUCUCCUAUCGAACGGGACAGGACACGGCCAACUGUGACACGUGUCGGAACAGCGCGUGCAUCAUAUACAGUGUGGAGCUGGACUUCAAACAGCAGGAGGACAAGCUACAGGCGCUGAUGACGAGGUUGUGCCCCGCGGAAGACGCCCCCUUCUCCUCCCUGCCUUACCCCGCGGAGGCCUACACCUCCACCCCCAAACGCAAGUCCAAAGCAGACUCCAAGAAGCAUGCCCGCUGGAAACUCUGGUUCCUGUGAACAGUUCCACAGUCAACACCGCCACACUCACUCACCAUGCCAUAGGAUUUAUGCAUCUAUCAAGGGGGAGAAAGGUUUCACAAACAUAAUCCAGCCUGCUGUUUAAUGGCCUGGUCACCUGUAAUUCCUGUGAGGACUUGGAGAGGAUAUUGAGCUGGGCUUUGAAAUGCUGGAAUCUGGAAUGGAAAACAAGCAGCAAUCCUUCCAGGAGAAUUGAAUUUUUUGUCACGGUUACCGAAAAGGAUUCAAAGUUAUUUUGAACUAAUUUCCCGAAGCAGGGCGUGAAAUUACGCCAUGGCAACUUAUUUGGAGAUCAGGGAGGUGAGGAGCCAAAUUGGAUUUCCUCCUCCUCUCUCAAUUUAAAUAUAUAAUUUGUAGCUCCCGUCUGGAGUCUAUUUCAAUUAUGUAUUGGUUCAGCAGCUGUCGGUCACGUUUCCAUUCACACGUUGGGACUUGAUAUUUAUUGGUUCUUUUCUUCUCCUACUGAGGUUUGUGUAUGGGAGGGAAGUCGGCAAUCAAGCAUGGCAAUGCCUGUCUCUCACACCAAUAGCAUAUAUCAGCAUAUCAACAAAGCACAACUAAACCACAAUCAGGAUGCAGUUUCACAAGAAAACUAUUUUGACAAUAAUCACAACAAACUGAUGAGAUAAGGACAUAAGGACAUGGGUACUUGGCGUGGACCAAGGAGUGUACUUGAGCAAGAUAUACGUUUAUUGGAGCAAUUAUUAAAAUUUAUAUUUAUUGAAGAAUGUCUCUUUGAAUCCGUUGACUUUGACAUAUAAUGAUACAAAUUAUACAUAUUUUUUAUAGACAUACAUUUGCCAAGGUCGGCAUCUCAAUGUACUUUUCAAAAAAAAAAUAUGAACUUGUAUCUUACUUUAAUGUUUAUUGGAACACACAGUAUAUCUGAGUUGCUGUGAACGAGGACAGUUCCUUUGAGAUUAUUUCCUUACAUUAGUUCCCAUUUGAUCGUCUUCUACUACUAUUAGGUCAAAGAGAAAAUCACUUAAUGGAGAAAAAAACAGGGGGUACCCCAAUAUCAUAGCUGCUCCACCAGCUUUCUCUCUCCCCAUCACGAGCUAGCACACCAAACCACCUAGGUCCUGUCCUGUGGAGGUGACAAAGAGGGGCCUCCAGUAUACUCGUCCUGCCCCGCCCCAGUCACACAGGUGGGGGAUGCAGGCGUGACUGUACUACCAUGUAGUCCUGCUUCAUGAGACUGAAGGACUGAAGGUUCUGUCACUGAACUGGAGCUUCUAGCAGCACAGGGUACAGGCCCGUUGCCUCGCAUGCUUUCUGUCACCUUGGCUCUCGCUAGGUACACUUUUUUUUUUUACCUUUCAAAAAAAUCUACAGUCGAGAGAUCAUUUUUAAAAAGGUUGUUUGAAGAAAAUAAAAACGACAACUUUUUCUAACAAGAUGGGGGACACCUGAGUCUCUCCCACCCCGUCCGCCCAGCAGAUUGUAAAGUCCUCCGGUGGCGCUUGAUAGAAACAUCGUACAGUCAAAAUAUUUCUAUUCGUGCAACAUAUCUAAUAGGGCUAAUUACAUUAUAAGUGGAAUAGAGAAACAAGAAAAAAAGUUCCAGUUAGAAACCAGCUAAAAGAGUGUACGCCCCAAGUCAUUAACCAAGCCAAAACACUGCCCCCUAUAGACAGAAAGGCCAAAGUGGUUAUAACGCAAGUAUCAAAUCUUACUUUGCUCUUAACACAGCAUUACAUUACUGACUGGGUCAGGCUGGUGGUCAAAAUCUUCUCUGCUUUCUGUUAGCCACAUGUAAUUCACCCCCACCACUUUCAUAUAUAUCGAGUAAUGGUUUCUCCAAUAGUUGUACUGUAGCAUAAGGAGAGAACUAAAUGUUUAUCUGUACCUUAAAGAAGUGCAAUUGAUUUACAAUGUGCAAUACUGUGUAUUUUAUACUGUUUUUCAAUCAAAUCUGAAGGCAUUUAAUAUACAAAAUAAAAUGUGAUAAACAUUUAAAAGGGCGUUCUGGAGUUCUCUCUACAUGCCUGACAUUUGUGUGUGUGUGUUGAAGAGGCAUUAUGGUUUUAAAGAUACAGGCUGGAUAAUUGUAGAGGACACUGGGACCAUUUUACCAAGAAACAUUUAAAUGAUAUCCCAAACUACUUCUCAGAGAAAAUCCUUCUGAAGAAUGAAGGGUUACGUUAGAGAACUGCAUUUUCUCCAGAUCAUUUUGUCAUGUUCACCUUUCAUGUCUCAUUUAUGAGAAAUGAACAUAAUAAUUCGGUGUUUGACGCACAAAGACAAGGAACAAAUUCCUACACCAGAACUGUAACAGAAGGAAGUUGUCGAGCAUGCUUAAGUACGAUGGCUUUGGGGGGCAUCUAAUGCCCUUAUCCCACACAUCCCAGAGCAACACAGAGAAGCACUUAGGAGCUUAGAGCUAAGGCCCAGGCUCACAUGCUCAGCUUCCUCAGUAAUAAAGAGGGGCUAGACUACAUUCAGGCUGGCAUAAAUAAGGUUCUGGUCACACUGAUCUUGGUCUGGGUUUCCUAGAUAACCUCCAAACCCUGACCCCAAGGACAACACCGCUGUCAUCCAGACCGCUGUCAUCCAGACCACUGUCAUCCAGACCACUGUCAUCCAGACCACUGUCAUCAACUGUCAAGACCACUGUCAUCAAGACCACUGUCAUCCAGACCACUGUCAUCCAGACCACUAUCAUCAACUGUCAAGACCACUGUCAUCCAGACCACUGUCAUCAAGACCACUGUCAUCCAGACCACUGUCAUCCAGACCACUAUCAUCAACUGUCAAGACCACUGUCAUCCAGACCACUGUCAUCAAGACCACUGUCAUCGACACCACUGUCAUCCAGACCAGUGUCAUCCAGACCACUGUCAUCAAGACCAGCUUCUAUGGGUUAUUUUAUGAAAAUCAAGCUGAAUCAUUACCUUGUUUACGUUUUGGAAACGGUGUAGAUAUUGUGGUGGUGUUCAGAAUGGUCAAAUGCCCCAAUUUUCUCCCCAGGGGGUGGGCGGGGGGUCUGGGGUCUAAGGAAGGGUUAGGAAGAGAUCGUCCACAUCUCUUAUGCGAGGAAGAGGCAAGGUAAGAAGGGAUCGACUGUCCAUGCGCAGGACAUUACGAUGCAAUGCCAUAUCUCACUACGGCUCUUCUCCAUAAACUAGGCUGCAGCAGAGCACACCCCGCGGUCUCUGAGGCAACGCGCUGCAGCGUGGUCAGCAGCUAUGGGCCGGCGGACCUUUGCAUUACAUUUAUGUUGAUUUUGUUUAUGUAUUUAAAUUUUAUAGCCAAGGGAUAGCCUGUCGGACACACGUUGUUCAUCCAUCACUCCUGGAGUUGUAAGUCUGUCAGCACACUGCAGAGGAAUCACAGGAAGAAUAUAGAAACGCCUUGGCUGUGACCUCCCCCAACACUACACGCUGGUGUGUGUGUGUGUCGUGGGUGAGGGGAGUUUGAGGAGCAAACACAAACACACCUCUCUAGAUGUCAAAACGCUGGAUAACACCAGUCACAGAUAUACUGAGACUGCAGAGGUAGGGCACACGGGACCUGACGUGUCAUGGUUAGCAUUACGUCCUCAGGCUAAGCUGGCAGAAAAGGGCACAAACACAGGGAAUGGGCCCUGACAGGUAUGUAAAGAACACUGCUGCUGUGCCUGCCAAUGAAGCAGCUGCAUUGUGGAGUCAAGCCUGUGAAGCCUGCGAAGCUAACAGUGCUUAACCUGAACCACUGACUACAGCAGAGCUGACAGCACCAGCUAGCCACCUAGUCUCCUCAUCUACAUUCUGUGUCGGCAGCUAGAGAGGAGGAGGGGGGACAGAGAGUGAGAGAGAAAGACAGGAAGAAUCGAGGAAGAGAGUUAGAGAGGAAAGGGGGAGAGGUAGGGAGGAAGGGAGAGAAGGAAAAGAGGAAGGGAGGGAUCUAAAUCUGGUGGGCACAAAAGAACAAGGUCAGUUGUUCCAGUGCCAUCUGCGCCGCCCGCCACAACCCUGCUGCAGCAGCAAAAUCAUCAUCUUCGUCAUCAUCUUCAUCGUCCUCCCAGGGUGCUGAUUAGGGGAGCCGGUCCUAACUGGGUCUUGGGCCUGUUAAAAAAUUCAAGCCUACCUUAUUGAUCAUUAAAUAAUGAUCUAGAGGGUGGGGGGGGGGCUGCUUUUAAAUGUGUUUUUUAAAGAGCAGCCCGUCGUCUCUCUCUCGCUCUUCAUUUCUCUACUUCGCACUAGGGGAGUCAAAAUGAGGAUUUAGGAGAACCCCUUAAUCUGAGGUGAUUGCUUUUCUGAGGACGGACAACAUGCAGAAAUCACACGAGCAAAAGCUGUGUCGAGAAACAGGAUGUGAUGUCCUGUUAGGUAGAGGGAAGGAGAGUUUCCACUGUGGCAAGCUGAGAAGAGGCACCUAGCAUGCUGUCCAUCUCGUCAUGUCAAGGACGGCAAAACACGAGCACUGUGAGACGACUGGGCUCGACCACAGGAAGGAGAAAAUCGUCUCCUGAAGACAAGCAGGCUCUCAGGGCAUCUUCGUAAAAAGACCCAGGAGGCCGGAGAUUUUUCAGGGUGGGUAACGGCCAUAUUAGAGUAAGUAGUUAGUGAUUCUCUCUCUCUCUCUCUCUCUCUCUCUCUCUCUCGUCACCUUUUACCAUCAACGAUCCCACGCACUUUAGGUGCACACAUACACACACACAACCACACUAUUACAGUCAGGCAACCCAGCCACUACUGGCUUGAUUAAAACACAGGGAGCUAUAGAGGCUUGUGGUACAACAGAUAAAAGUCGAGUCAGGGGAUGUGAUGUCACUGCCCACUGUUCCCGAGUUUCUAUCCUAGAGGGACACAACCAUUAACUUAUAUUCAAAGUUGUGACCUUUAACAAUUAACCCCUAACCAUUAUGGGAUCCAGCAAAGUUAUUCUUGUUUCACUAUACUUGUGAGGACAUCUGGUCCACACCACACACACACACACACACUGAUGGGACUUUAUCAGAUGAGCGAGCUGUCGUCACAAGAGAGCUGCUUCCCUUAAAUCACCCAUAUUCCAUUCACACUAAGUUGGACAGUAUUAAACAGAGGCCUCACCUUAAUCAGCGUCGCUCUCCUGUUUAAAAGUCACAUGGCUAGCCGGGGGGUUAAUUACACAAGGACAGACGCAGGGGAACCAGAGGAUAAGUACCAUGACAUUCCCGCCCCCCUUUCCCUCUCCUCGUGAAGAAAUGGAUGAGCAGCACUGCGUGUCGACGGUUGACAGUAUAUUUAGGGAAUGACUGAUAAGUGCAUUAAUUGUGGUUGGGUUCCAGCCGAGAGGAUGAUGGACUGUGAGUUGUGCUGCCGUGGCAGAGAAAACACUCAUUAGAUUAAAGCGUCAGGGCUCGCGUCAUCAGGAACUGUGUUCGUUGACAGAUCACACACCCACUGACAUUAAUAAGUCAUGACCCAUGUCAUAUUAAUAAGCAUAAAAGCACAGGAGAGAUCAAGACAAACUCUGGAUUGAAUAUGCUUUUUAUGGAAGUUGUGGUGCUCAGGUUUACUUAGGAAGUAGGUUUUGCUUGCAGUUCUGACUGGAGGAUGGUGUUGGAAAGUGUGUUGGAGAAUGAGUUGUAGGAUGUGGUGGAGGAUGAAUUGUAGGCAGUGUUGGGUGUAACACGUUAUUAAGUAAUUAAUUACUUAUCCACUGAAAAAGUAAAGGGAUUACUGUUAAUUUUUAGGUAAUUUAAUUACAGUUACUUGUUGUUACUUGCCUACUGUAAAUUAGUCCAACAGUUCUGUAUAAAUCAAUAUUGAAUUAAAAUCUAAAUAUAUGGUCUUAGGGCAGUGAACGCUGCCUCUUUAAAAUCGUCAGCUGUAGUGCAGUUGCACGUGAGACGCAAGUUUACUGCAUAAGCGCGGUUUGAAGUGGAAGAUGUCGGCCGGAGCGAGUAGCUGUUUUACCAAAUGGAAAUAUUCCAACUACUUCACCUUUUUGACACAGGUUGACAAGAACAUUACAGUAAAGUGUAAGCUAUGUCCUGGGGACAAAAACUAUCUGCAGCUGUCAAUAGCACAAGUAACCCUAACCCCUCUGAAGCACCUCACAAGGCAGCAUCAACGAACACUUUGGAGUGAUCCAUGUUCAUCAACAGAUAACACCUCAGCAACACCUGUUAAGCAGGCAAAACUUGAUUUUACAUAGCCAGUGCAGAAAGUGUCCGAAGGUGAGCUUAAAAAAAUGAUUGCAGUCUACAUAAUGGAAGAGAUGCUACCGCUUUGUUCUGUAGGAUCUCCGUCUUUCAGGUGCAUAUUAAACAAAUUACCUGUGUGUAGCAAAAAAACUUUGGUGACACCUUAUCUGAAAGGGUGUGAAUAAAACUGUCAUGGCACUGUCAUAACCAUGACAUGACACAUGAAAGGAUGUUGAUGAAUGUUGUCAUUAGGUGUCCUUGGUGAAUUAUGUCAUUUUGUAUGCAAGGUUGACAUUGUUUAUGAUGUCUUUGUUAUGACAACUUGACAUCAGCUGAUACAAAAUAACCUCUCAUACACAUAUCAUAGAAAGCCUAAUUAUCAAACUUGAAGAAAAUAUUUAGCUUUAUGUGAGUUAUGUUUUGAUGUUGCCUCUCCAGUGCACCUGUUGUCACUUUUAUUAGCACCAAAAUAGUUGACAUUGAUUCACAAUUGCUUAUGCUU